GAAGCACAAUUUACGUCAACGGCUUGCGAAUACACACCGACGACCCACGGAGGACCCAACGUCAACGACUUCUCGCAGGCCCUCUGGAGGCCCGCUUGCCUACGUAACGGCUGCUGAAGCAGCAACUUAGAUAAGGAAGCGCCCACCAGCGCAGCGACCUGCUGACCACGCAAUCUUGCAUCAGUCCCAUCUCAUCAGGCCCUUUCUCAACCGGCUCCAGCGCCAGCUUCUGCCUACUUUUUAGCCCAGGAAAGGGUUAGGUCGUCAAUUGACUUGAACAGCAAGUCUCUUGACUCCAUCCCGACCCGCUCAAGGGCACACUUACACGUUUUAGGGGACCAUGCGUGCUUCGCUUCAGAUUCCGGCCGCAAGGCCGCGUGUGGCAGCUGUGCGUCCUGCUGCUCGGAAGCUGCUUUCUCCCGGCGUUGUGCGGGUGCCUGUGGCGACCGUGUUCUGCGCUGCGGGUGGAGUCGCCGACCGUUCCAACGAGGAGGCCCACAAGGGCGACUUCCUGGGCUCCUUCGAUGCUGGAAUGCGCGUUCCGAACAUCGUUGCUGCCAAGGGUGGUGGUGGUGGCGGAAACAUGGGCUCCAGCGGUAGCCUCGGCGCGGUCAUGGAGCGCAGCAGGCUGGAGUUCGUCAUGCCCACGCCUCCGGCCCAGGCUCCCAAGCUGGACGAUGGUGGCGAUGGCGGUGAUAUUGGCAAGCACAACCACAACGGCGGUGGCGGUGGCGACGACGGUGGCGACGAUGACGAUUACUUCAACGAGGACGGGGACGGCGAUGGCGAGGGUGGCGAGGGCGAGGGCGGCAACUCCUUCUUCCGUACCGUGAUUCCGGAGUCGUAUGACAAGCUUUCCAUCGGCGCGGUGUUCUCGGAGUGGAUGCGAACCGUCGCGGAGCUGCCCCUCAUAAUCCGUCGUGCAGUGGAGAUGGGCCUGUUCAGCUCUGCGCAGCUGGUCCGCUUCUUCUCGAUGGACGUGCGGCCGAACAUCACCCGCACGGUUUCGCGCAACCUGCCCCCAGCUUGGGCCCGCGACUUCGUUGGCCGCCUAAUGGCCGACCCGGCGUUCGUGCAGAAGAUGGUCAUCGAGAGCGCCAUCUCCGCCGUGGCCUCGCUCUACUACGAGUACCGCGCCCGCGGCGACCGCUUCAAGGACGAGCUCGAUCUGGUGCUGAUCAACACAAUCGGCAUGGCUGCCGCCACCAGCGCCACCGUGUGGAUGGUGGCGCCCACCCGCUCCUACGGAACCGUGCACAAGUUCCCCUGGCAGCAGAUGCUGGACAGCCUACCCAACUGCGUGUUCGACGCCAACGGCCCGCUGCGCGCUUACACGCCCCAGAGCCGCAUCGCCGCCUUCUUCAGCAAGGCGGCGGAGCUGUCGGCCGUGGGCCUGCUCACCGGCGCUGGCACCAGCCUGCUCUCACAGGCCGCGGUGGCACUGCGCCGCAAGUACGUGGACCCCAACUUCGAGCCCAGCGUGCCCGUGCCCGAGGUGGCGCGCAGCAGCGCCGGCCUUGCCGCCUUCUUCGCCAUCAGCGCCAACACGCGCUACCAGCUCAUCGGCGGCAUGGACCGCUACCUGGUCGGCCACAGCAACUUCCUCUGGACGUACCUGGCGGCUACCGCCGCCGCUCGCGUGGUGUCCAACCAAGUCGGGGAGUCGCACCGGCCAUGGCUGCAGGGCCUGCCGGAGCCGUCGGCUCUGCCGCGGCGCCGCGUGGUGAAGAAGAAGGUGAUUGUGCGGCGAAAGGUGGUCAAGCCGGUGGAGGAGGUGGCGGCGCCGGAGGUGUCGACGGCGGCGCUGGCGGCGGGCGCUCUGGCGGUGGGGACAGUGGCGGUGGGCGCGGAGUCGCUGCCUGAGGUGGAGGAGGCGUCGACCUCGGGGCAGGCCCUGACGGUGUCUGGCGUGCAGCCCGAGGAGGAGGUGGUCCUUGACCAGGUGCUGGCGGUGGCGGAGCCCGGCCCCUCGAGCGAGCGGCUAGCGGCGGAGGCGCCAGCGGUGGUGGCGGCAGCCGGGAGCAGCAGCAGCGCGGCGGCGGCGGCAGUGGACGAGUCUUCGUCAGGCGAUGACGAGACUGGGGACGAGUCGGGAUCGGAGCUGGCGUCGCUUGUAGCACAGCAGUCGAGUGGGGCCAUUGAUCUGUCUUCGAUUGGCGUGGGCGCGGCCUCAUCAGGGCAACUGCUUACCGCCGCGCGCUAAGGCAUUGUUUUCGGGAUCUGGGGAUUCCUCGGACUCUGUGUUAGCGAUGCCGAGUGUGCGUGAGCGUGUCAAGUGUUGUGUGCCUUGUGUCGUAUGUCUGACAUGUUGACGAGCGCAGUGCGGCCACGGCCUUAGUUGCAGACGAGAGCAAGGGCACCGCGAGCUGCCGGUGUACAAAAUCAGGUUUCUUUAUUUCAGGUUAUGAUGCGUGUGUGACAUGAGUGUGCAUGUUUUAUGUUGUUGACUUGAGGGCGCGUGUUCUGGGCGCGCUGCCCGACAGGCGGUGUCUGCUUUCAGUUUCGGUAGCUUCUGUUUCGCCGUUUCCUAUUUUGGCGGGACGGCAACAGCAGCUGGAGCGAAGGACGUCGGCUGCGCCAGUCCGAAGCGCCGCGCGGGACGGGCCAAAUAGAAUAAGGCUUAGCGUAGUUGCGAGGCUGGAGGUCCGGGCGGCUGCGUCUAUUGCUCUGGCAGCACCCGUACCGUGUGGUCGAGCCUAUUGUUUGUCCAUCCCAGGCAGGUCCAGACGGUUCGAAGUGGGAGUCACGAUUACUGAUUCCAAGGAAAGCUCAGAGCACAACAGUGGGUGCACCAUGCGAAACUAAGUCAUGGUCACAGUGUGUAAGCUGAUGCUGGCGUUAUGCGGUUCGCGACCUAAUCUACUGACCCUACUCUCGCCUUCCCCGCCGCUCCUAAGUACGACAACCCGGGCUGAGCGCACCCGACUGAACCGGACAUCGCCUGUCCGUGGCGUAGAUCAGACAAGUAGUUGCUUCGUUUGGGAACGCGGCGAGUGCGCGAGAGCCUCGGAAGCCCCCGGUCGGCUGGCCGGCGAGGGUGGGCUGUAAUCGGCAGCUGUGGAGCAGUACGAGCCCUAGUACGAGCAUUGCGACACCAACAGUGUGGCAGGACUACGGGACUUCACCAACCUGCCUCAACAGUGUCCCAUCGCACACUCAACCGUGUCCCAUCACACACCAACAGUGUGGCAGGAGACUUCGAAGAGGAUCGCGGCAGCACCUGCCCGUGCAGCCGGGGAAGUCGGGGUAGAUGGAGCCAGGCUCAGCCGACAGCGAGUCCGUUGAUGCUGCUGGCCGACCUGGCCGCGAGCCGUGAGUGAGAGAGGCCGCGGGAGGAGAGGACGUGCCCGCUGUGUACGGGCGUACGGCUAAUGAGGUGGAGAACGAGCACCAGGUCUUGAUGCAAUGUGCAGCGACUGCAGCCGGUGCCGUACUACGGGCAAGCAGUGGCUUGGACUUCAGAGCAUGCGCAGUGGUCCUGAAAUCUGUGCCUGUCAGGCUAGCUGCACGACGUGCUCCUUACAACAGUUACAAGAGAAAGACUAGGAGAAGAAUAAG